AUGGAAGUAGGCAGGCGUUGUUACGAGUGGAAGGUGCAAAAGGUUGAUGAUGGUGAAUAUAUUGGUAGUAAUGAAUAUGAAAAGGGUUGCGUGAACCGAAAACGGCCAUGA